GACCACUGAAUUCAUAACAUCAUAACUGCAGAUUCGGAGCAAAAAAAAACAACAAAAAACAACAACAAAAGAAUAAAAAUGUGAAUCAGGAAAAAGUACACAGCUGCGCACAUGUACUACAAAUCCCACAAGCCAUCGCGACGCCGCUAGUGCGCAAAUACGUCACAGCACGUAGAAGAGGCGGUUGAGGGGAGGAAUUUUGAACGUCGGCUAGCCGGCUAGCUCAACUACACCGCUUUAUACGUUAAUGAAACGUUUUUAGAGAAAAAAGAACAAAUAUUUCAGUGUAAUUCUGUUAAUUCGCGUUGUUGUUCGUCGGUAAUGCCUUAAGUGUAAACAAAUAUGAACGUUUAGCGAGGGCUAAUGCGGUAAGCUAGCAGCGCGGCUGCAUUGUUGAUCAGAGUCCUGCCUGUCAGUUUGGCUGCUGCUUGACAGCUAGACGGAUGUGGGUUUUAAACGGGCUGUGAAACAAAAACAGCUUCGUGAAGCUGAAAGGUUUACGCAGCAUUUACACCCUGAAGGGCUCGGGCUGGUGACCAUGCUGACCUGACCUGACCUGACCCAGCUGGAGUCCUUUUAGUGGGCUGCUGUUGUUGUUUUGAGAUGCUGCCGUGCUGUCCGUGCCAUGGACGACUCGGACCAGGACUUCUCGGAUCUCUGCUCCCGGCUCCUCAAGAGGGUCAAACGGAAAGACUCGGGGGAUGAGAAGAAAAGCACGGCAGUGAAAGAUGAAGAAGGAUCGGGCUCCUCUCAGAGCAAAGCGCCAGCCAAGCGGAGAAAGAAGAACGGGCAGCUCCGGAUCGAGGCGGCGGCGGUAACGGGUAGGGGGCAGCUCCGGAUCGAGGCGGCCUUCACGGGUAGGAGCCAGCCUGGCUGCCCCGCCUCAUCCCCUGGAGCCUCAUCCCCUGGAGCCUCAUCCCCUCUGAGCGUGAAGGAGAAGGUGCUGCGGAGGAUGGAGCGCUUCAGGAGGGCGAGUCCUCCUCGGCUCCUGCAUGUGGAGAAAGGAGAAACCCAAGGCAGCCGAUGUGACCCAGCACCACUUCCCUCACAAGAGCCUGUGGAAGAACCUGAAAGCGAUGAGACUCUUGCUUUGAGGCUCCAGCAGCAGCUGGACAGAGAGGCUGAGACUCAGGCUGUGGUGGACUUGGAAGAUGGAGGCCUGUUCUUUUGCCAGCUCUGCCACAAAGACCUGUCAGCCAUGAGCCCGCAGCUACGGACCCAGCACAUCAACAGGUGUCUGGAUGAGAGCGAGAAGAACGCCUCUGCUCCUCCUGCUCCUCCUCCUCCUCCUCCUCCUCCUCCUCCUUCCCGCCCUCGGGUGCCCGAGUGCCCUCUCUGUGGACGUAGCUUUAAGUCUGAAAAGAGCCGUUCGACCCACUUAAAGCGCUGCUCUACCGCCAUGGGCGUGUCCCCAGCCGAGCUGCUGCAGGCCCUUCAGAGGCAGGCGGCCCAAAGUUUGAGUGAUGCCGCUGCUGACCAACCGCAUCAGUCAGUGGACAGUAGGGGGACAAAUGCAUCAGAGUCCAGCAUGCCGGUUAAGAAGAAAGCCAGAAGAAAAGGCCCAUGCAUGGAUGAGGACACCAUGGUGGCUUUGGCCCUGUCUCGUUCUCUGCUGGAGCAGGAGAAGGAGCGAAAGAGAGAGUUGGAGGAGGAGAGGCAGAUACAGGCACAACUGUUGAACCCCCCUGAAGCUACAGCUCCUGUACUACAGUGGAAGCCUGGAGGAGCUAAAGGUCGGGGCAGGCGGAGAAAAGGUGUGCCUGCUGCCCCACCUCCCCUCCUCCUGGUGCAGGACCCCCAAACAGCGCUGAAUCGAAUCCAGCAGCGCGUCUCCUCCCUGCUCCUCUGCCCUAGACCCCCAACUCCCCCGACUCCAAAACUGCUCCCCUCUGAACUCCCCAUGUGGACACACAGCGCCCCUCUCUGGCUGAAGAGUGCACUGCCUGGAGGAGGACCAGACUCAGUCUCUGAGUUUUACACGCCAGAGCUUGGAGAGUUUAUACAGCCGUGGGUCAGAGCAGAGAAAAAGCCGCCUCUUUCCUCAGAAGUCACGCCAGGAAAGCAGCAUCCGGCAUCAGCUUCAGAAACCGCUGCAGUUCCGGAGCAGUCCAGCUGUGCUCCGGUCUCCCUGGACCCGAGGCAAGCGGAUCAUGCUGCUACUCCGGCUUGCCUCACCCCAGCCAUGAGCACUCCAGGCUCUCAGGCCCUACAGGAUUUAGUGGAGCUAGCGGAGGAGGGCAUGACUCUCACCCAGUACAGACACACAGAUAAAGAGGCUGCUGUGGCUGAGCUUCCUCUGAGCGGCUUUGUCCCUGAAACAACAAAGGCCGUAAAGCCCCAUACAAGCUCGGUUACUGUGUCCAAGCUGUGUUCUGAUCUGGCCAGCAUGGUUAACAACCCUCAGCUCAGUGAUGUACAGCUGCAGGUGGACAGUGGAGACGUCUACUUUGCUCACUCAUUCAUGCUCUACACACGCUGCCCUCUGCUGGCUAGCAUGGUCCAUAAUGCAGGUUUUGGGGUGCAGGAAGAUGGCAUGCCUGCAGCUCAGAGGGUACUGUUGGGUGAUGUGCCGGGAGAGGCGGUGUACGCCCUGUUGCAGUACCUGUACACUGCCCUUUGCCCAAUCACACGCACCCUCCUGCCCAACAUACUCCAGCUAGCCACAAGGUUUGAGCUGUCUGAGCUGCAGCAGCAGUGUGAGCAGUACAGUGGGGAUCCAGAAGACUCAGAUGAAGAGGGAUGUUCAGCACAGGAGCCUAAUCCUGGGCCCCAGGAGAGCCUGGCUGAGACGCAGUUCCUGGAACUCCUGCGCUCCAUGUGGCAGCAUGAGGAAAGCGACGGUGAGGACUUCGGAAGGGCAGGAGGAGCCAAAGGAGGGGUGGAUGAGGAGGAGGAAGGAGGAGGGAGUGGUGAUGGAGAGAUGAAAGAAGAUAGAGUCGAUGAGGAAGAGCUGGAUGAGAUUUAUGAGUUUGCAGCUACACAGAGGAAGAUGGAGACGACUAGAUCCCCUAAUGUAAGCGAUGAGGAGGAAGAGGAGGGUGAAGAAGAAGUAAACGAGAGCCCCGGAGCGGGAAAGAGCGACACAGAAAAGCAGAACGUUGAAGCAGGACAAAGGCAAGAGACACAUGGAGCCUUUUUUAAGGAGGCCAACACCAGUCGCCAUAGUUACAGGCUUGGAGAGGAUAAGGAUGCAGCUGCCAUGGUAACCAGUGCCAUGAACAUGCACCACGCCCAGGGUUCCCAAGCAGAUGUUUGUUUAGACUCUAAGUCUAACACACAUGGAGACCUAAACAGAAGUCCCAAUGUCAGCCUGGACAGGAGCUAUAACCAUUUGUUCUCUGAGACGUGGGGAGAAUAUGUGGAGGCGUCUCAAACUCCAGCAGUAAUGUCUCAACUCCAGCAAGCUCAGCAGAAGAGCAUGUCCACCCCACGCCGAAAGUCCUUGGUCAGUGAAGUGAUUGACCUGUCCAUCAGCCCUCCUCCGGGCUCAGAAGUGGCAGGGGUGUCAUCCCUCCCAGUGGCCGGCGUGUCUCCGGGUGAAGGAGCAGUCUUCAAACGGUCUUCAAACGCGGUUCUUCCUCCUUCCCCUUCAACAUUAAACAGCAUUCAGCCUCAGCUCUCAUCUCCAGUACCCUUGGGUCCAUCAGGCAGGUCCAAACACUCAUCUCCAGGGCUCAGUAAAACAAGGCCUGGACUUUCCUUUCCAUUAGCUAGUAGCACAAAGCCUGAGCAUCUAUCUAGACCUCGUCCAGUAGCCUUUUCCAACCGCUUAUCUGCAACGUCCAGUAAAAACAAGCCUGAACUGUCUCCUUUAAUAGCCAGUAGCAUCAAGCCUGAGCUUUCAUCUCCAGUGGCGAUCUGUAACCAACCUGAGCUCAUCGUCCUCUCUGACUCCAGCGAUGACAUGGAUUCCCACCCCCAUCUUGACAAGGUUUCCACUCCAUCCCCAUCUCCAUCUCCUCCAAGAUUCAGUCAGAACUAUACUCAGAUUAAAGCUAAAGAAGGCAUGGAAGUUGGACUCCCUUCAAAAAAAUCAGAUGAAAGGGGAUGUUCCAAAACAGACCAAUCAAAGGGUGCCCUGAAUGGCCCAGACCAUCAAAGCAUGUUGGACGGCUCUGCUGAGGUUUCUUGGCUUAUCCCGGCCACUCCAGAAGUUUCCACACGCUCCAGCUCCACGCAGACCCGCAGCAGCAUGCGGCGCACUCAGCUCUUUCCCAAAUCUUGUUCAUUGUCCUCCUCUUCUGUCCCUGACAGCUCUGAAGCAGACACACACUCUGGUUCCCUUAGAGAAAGACCAGCUUGUUCAAGACCGUGUCCAGAUCAGUGCUCCUCUAGAGACGGUUCUACCAGUGACGUUCUUGAGCAUUCCCCAGUUUUUCAGAAGCCAACAUCCCGCUCCAAACUCCAGACUGAUGCUUCACAGUUUGCAAAACAAACUCACCGCUCACCCCUUCCUGUCUCCAUGCCCUCCAGCAGCACUCCCGUGCACUCUACCCCCUGCCCAAAGCCUCCAGAGCCACUGGGAUCGCCCCUGCUGAAAGAGUGCAGGCUUAGACCGCAGAGUACGGCAUCAUGGGAGGAAGAUGAUGACUUUGCGACGGGAACUUCACCUUCUGUCUCUCAGCGAGUGGCUCCUGCGAGGACGCCAUCUCGGCUGAAAGUAACAGGUGACAAAGACAAAAGUGUAAUAUCGCCAGUGUGUUUGAAAAAACAUAUUAGACCGCAGAGUACGGCAUCAUGGGAGGAAGAUGAUGACUUUGAGACGGGAACUUCUCCUUCUGUCUCUCAGCGAGUGGCUCCUGCGAAGACGCCAUCUCAGCUGAAAGUAACAGGUGACAAAGACAAAAGUGUAAUAUCGCCAGUGUGUUUGAAAAAACAUAUUAGACCGCAGAGUACGGCAUCAUGGGAGGAAGAUGAUGACUUUGAGACGGGAACUUCUCCUGUCUCUCAGCGAGUGGCUCCUGCGAAGACGGCAUCUCAGCUGAAAGUAACAGGGCUUGGCUCCAUACAUCUCAGUCAGUCUGAGAAGUUGCCGCCCCAACACAGAAAUUCAGAAUCCAGGGAAGAGGCAUCCCUGAGUCCGCCCGGGGAACCUGAGCAUGCCGAGACCGAGAGAGAUAUCACUGGUGAGACAGGAAAGAGAGACGAGGAAGAGAAGGGAACAGUGGAGGAGGAAAACAGGAGCGUGAAUGAAGUAGAGAUGGCUGGGGAGGCCAGUUUCUAUGCCUUCGAUGAGCCACCCAUCGCGUUUGAUGACUCAUGGGGUCUUGGUGGAGGAGGGGUGGGGGACCAGGGGCCCUGCCUCAGUCUGAGGCUGGAGAGCAGUGGAGAUCCAGACAGCACCUUAGAACACAGGGGGCAGAGGGAGACGGCCACGCCACACUCUCGCUCUCCUUCCGGUCAGGAAACUCAUGCCACAUCACGUAUUUCUGUAGCUGCAGUCAACCACAGCUUGCCAGAUCCUGCAGCGUGGGACAGCUGGAGGGAAGAUGAUGAUGAUGAUGAAGACGAAGACGGACAUGCUCUUCCUCUCUCUGAGCGAGUUGGUGCAGUGGCUCCUCCAAAGAGAGUGGCUCAGCUUAAAACCCCAGUGGCUCGCAAGAAGAACAAUCAAGUCCCACUGGUGCCAAUCACUCCAAUGCCUGGCUUCUCAGAUAUGGACACGCCUGAGCUCAAGAAAAGACUGGACAGGUUUGGGGUCCGCCCCCUCCCCAAGAAACAAAUGGUCUUGAAGCUGAAGGAGAUCCACCAGUACACCCACCAGCUGAUGACCUCUGAGUCUGAGGAGGAAACUUCUCCAGUGAGCCGUCCCAGAGCGGGGCGUCCGCCAAUGGCAUCAACUCUCCAGCCUGCACUGCUUUCCUUUAAACAGCCCACAGCACCACCUCCUGUCUCUCCUAGGAAACUGCAGUUUGGCAGUGAGGAUCAUGAUGUCCUACCUACAUCUCAGGAUUCCAACACAUCCUCCACAGCUGAGUCAGAAAGGUCAAACCCUGAGCUGUGCGACUCCGACGACGACGGCUCGGACAGCGAGGGAAUCACAGCGUCUCAGGCAGCCGUGCGCGAGAAGGACAAACUCCUGGCCGUGCGCUCCUUCAUCCAGUCGGACCCAGUUCUGUACGGCCAUGUGCUGCAGUACCAGCCGCUCUCCCUUUCUGAGCUGAAGGCCAGGCUGAGAACAGCAGGCAUCAGGCUGGGCACUGCCAAGCUGCUGGACUUCCUGGACUCCCAGUGCAUCACCUUCACCACUGCCAAGCCAGGCCACCCAGCCCCCUCACGCAGGAAGGCCCGUACCCGGGCCCCUGCUGCAGGGCCAGGGCGUGCAGGUGGCCGGGGGAAGAGGAGGAUGGCUAAGCCAGCUGACUGA